CUCCGGUACGGUGAAUUCAGGAACUGCCGGCGUUUCCGCCACUCCCCGACUUCACAAUCGUUUGUCACAGCGGGGACGACCAAUUCAGAGAUUCCGACAUUCCGACAUUCCGGCGCCGGCGUAGAUUUCUCCCCGCGAGGACGGAUUGCAUGCGCUGUUCCCCUUCAGAGAAUUCCGUGACGGGCGGUGAUUUUGAACCGGUGAAUUGAUCAGUUGCCUGGGAGACGGGCAGCGAAUGACGUUUGCUAGAAGAUGAGUAGGCUAUCGUUCAGGCCCCGUCCUCUCGACAUUCACAAGAAGCUCCCCAUUGUUAAGUCUGUGAAAGACUUCGAGGAUGAUGACACCCCCACUACCUCAGCCACUCGCAGCUCCCAGCUGCUGCGGCUGUCUGCUGCUGACUCCGACUUUAACGUUGGCAACAACAUUGAGGUAGCCCCAACACCUGCCAAGAAGUUGGCUUCCGAAAUACCGACUCCUCAAUUCGUUGUUGUGGAUACCUAUGAAAGAGAUUAUUCACGCACAUUCGCUCAACCCACAUCAUAUUUACGCGGAAGAGGAGCAAGGGCUGAGCUUGGGGAAUUUGUUGAGUAUGACUUGGACAAUGAGGACGAGGAUUGGCUUCAACAGUUUAAUCGAGAAAAGAAGACCCUUUCGCCUGAUAGGUUUGAAAACCUUCUUUUUAAGUUUGAGGUACUGGAUCAUAAGGCUAGAGAAAGAGCUGGAGUUAUAACACCUACCUUUGGUGCACAAGUUCCCGUACUUUUGCAGCUCGAUGCAGCUGCUGAGGCUCUACAGGCUCAGGGCAUCAAACAUGUAGUUUUUCAAUCUGCAUAUUCCUAUUGGAAAGAAAAGCGUGAGCGGUGGCAAAAACCAAUUCUCCGUCGGCUGCAGCCUCCGCCUCCAGUUAAUGACACCAACCCGUAUAAUGUGUUUAGACCACGAGAGAAAGCCCAUAGACUACAUACAAGGAGGAUGCAACGGAGAGAAAAUAAUGUACAAUCAUUCGAAAAGCUUCGUCAGGUCAGGCGCAAUCUGGAACAGGCCAAAGUAAUUCUUGAGGCACUGAUUAAGCGAGAAGAGAGAAAGCGGGAUGCGAUGGAGACCGAAGUAAGUCUUCAGAGGCUCCAAAUGAAGUACAAGCAUGAGACUGAGCUCGUAGAGGACAGUUUCGAUGUACCUGGGGGAUUCCCAGCGUUCUCUAACAAGUUUGGUUCGAGCGAAGAGGAGUUUAUGGACUCAGAUGACGUGGCAAACUUUCGUCCUCGUCCAACGUCAACUCCACGUGCUUCAGCUGCAGCACAGAAUUUUAGGGACUCUGGCCACCCUGUUGUGGUUCCUGCUGGCGUCCCAAAGCAAGAGUUUAGGCGGCGAUUUAUUCCCAACACUAACAGAUGGCUUCAUAAAAUGGAUCCUCUUGAGCCGCUUCUCUUGUUCACGAAACCUCUUAUCCCUGAGAAACUGGCAGCAGCCCAUAUCGUACCUCCAUCCCGCGUGCCCGGAGCAAAGAGCAGCGGCGGCGCUGCAGUUGAGUUCCAUGGAAGAAUAGGCCGUGGGGGUCGCAUAAUAUUCGACAGGUGGAAUCCUCUUUCGCAUUCUCCGAUCAACUUUGGCAACUCAUACCACUUGCCCCCGAAGCCACAGGCUUCAAUGUAUAAUUGAUGUAGAAACUCGCUCAACUGUAUGAUUGAUUGAGCUGUCGUUUGGGAGAUGCGAAAAUUGUGUCUGCCUCUCCAUUUUUUCUGCUAUUGCUGUAUAAUAGUCUAUUCCUCUACUUAUUUCACUCUGCUGGUUCGGUCGUAGAGGGUGAGCGCUUUUAUUUAACUGUCUAUAAGCUUUGGCC